GUUGGGUUGUCGUUGUCGUUUCGUUAUUCCAGUCUGCCAUGUCUCGUGCGGGCGAUCAAUACAACCGACUCCGCGAUGACGACAACGACGAUGGCGAUGAUAACGACGACGACAAUCACAACGACCGUCUCGUUGGAGGCGAUGAUGAUGAUGAUGAUGAUGAUGAUGAUGAUCAGCAGAGCGAGCACGGCCGAUUGAACAACGACGGAGCAGCGCGCCACGACGCCAACGCCAGCGAUGAUGAUGACGAUGAUGAUGACGAUGGCAGCAAUAGCAAUGCACCCAUCCAUCAACAGCAUCAGCAUCAGCAGCAGCAUCGUGAUGGCUGGGAUCGGCUGGCCACAGCAGAUGAUGAUGAUGAUGAUGAUGACAUUGGCCACAACGACGACACUCGGACGACCGCUUCCGCCAGCAAUGCAAUGCUACUUGAUCCGACGGGUGAGGUUGUGGUUGACGUGAGCCAGCCGACAGCGACAGCGCACCAGGCACCAGCACCAGCACCAGCGGUGGAGGUGGUUGUCGGUCAGCAUGACUCCGCCCACUCUCACUCUCACUCUUACCACUCUGACUCUGCGAACCCCCUGCGUCCAUUGCACGCUGGCACGGAGCACCGCCCGGUCGAUGCUGGUCGGCAGCUGCAGAGUGGAUUGCCAGCGUCGUCUUCGUCCUCGCCGUCCUCGUCGUCGUCGUCGCGUGGUGGCACGGGUGUCACCAGCACAGCAGUCCAGCCACCACUCCCUUCUUCAGUGUCCCUGCUGCACGGCGGCGAGCCAGCCCAACAAGCAUCCGACGCCACAGCAGCCAAUGCAGCCGCUGGUCUGACAGCUAAUGGCUGCCAACCGUCGCUCAUCGAUCGCGUCGGAAUCCUCUCAAGAAUCACAUUCUGGUGGGCCAACCCGUUGCUGAGGAAGGGCUACAAGGGCGCGCUGCAAAUGUCAGACCUGUGGGACCUUGCAGAUCGUGACGGCGCCGUGGUCGUGUGCCAACGCUUUGAGGUCGAAUGGGAGGCGGAGCUUGCACGCGGACGAGCGGAGGUCGAGCGCGCGCGUCGACUCAUCGCCUCGAACAGUGCGAACGGUGAUAAAGCAAGCUUGGCCGGCGAGACGACCUCCACCACCACCGCUGCUGCUCCUGGUCUUGCUGCGCAUCUUGUGCUGGAUCCAAUCCCGGCACCCCGAUCGCCGCGAAACCUCUUUGGACUCUUGUCUCGAAGGGUCGUGCGGAGCUCUCGGCUGGCAGACAACGUGUCUGUGGCGCGCACCUUUGUGCGGACGUUCAAGAGGGAGCUGAUGCGCACCCACAUGCUCCUCACGCUGCAGCUCUUCUUUGUCUUCUUUGCGCCCACCUUCUUGCUGCGUGAGCUCGUCGCCUAUGCACAGGACAGGGGUGCACAGCCAGUGUGGCACGGCAUCCUCCUCGCGCUCGGCAUUCUGCUGAACGAGACGGGCCGCAGUCUCGUUGUUUCCCAGUCCUUCACCGAAUCGAUUCGCGUUGCUGGCCGAGCGCGAUCUGUCAUGUUUGGCAUUGUCUACAAGAAGGCAAUGCGCCUGCGGACGCUGGGCAACAAGUCGAUCGGCGAAGUCAUCAACAUGGCGUCCAACGACGGCCAGAGAGUCUACGAUGCGUUCGUUUUCGGCUCGUUCACGUACAGCUCGACUCUCUCGACGGUGGUCGGUCUGGCUGCAUCCUUUGCCAUCAUCGGACCGUUCUCGCUCGUUGGGUGCGGCGUGUUCAUCAUGUUCUACCCCAUCCAAGCCAUGAUUGCACGCGCCGUCGCACGCCAACGUCGCGAAACGAUUGCAUUCACCGAUACGCGCGUCCGCCUGAUGAAUGAACUGCUGACCUGCAUGCGUCUCGUCAAGUGCUACGCCUGGGAGGACUCGUUUGCCUCCAAGGUCGGCGACAUUCGCUCGUCCGAACGGCGCGUCCUCUCCCGCGCCAGCUACCUGCAGAGCAUGAACUUCUCCCUGACCCCACUCGUGCCGACGCUUGCCUCGGUGCUGUUGUUCACCUUCCACUCGCUCGCUGGCCAGACGCUCUCGGCCUCGACGGCAUUUUCCAUUACUUCCAUGUUCAACGCCAUGCGCAACGCCAUGAACCAGCUGCCGCAGGCCGUCAAGAACGUCGGCGAGGCUUUGAUUAGUCUGGCGCGUAUCAAGAGCUUUUUGCUCAUGGAUGAAUUCUCAUCCGUCCUGAGCAGCCCAUCCAACUCGCUGGACGCGAUCAAGUUCCGAGACGCCUCCUUCUCCUGGGCACGGCCCGAGGAUGACAUCCGCACGACCGGCGUCGAGAGCGCUGUUGUUCCUGCACGCCGUCCCGGUACCAAAGUGGCUCGGUUGCUCAAGCGCAUUGGCCUGCGAAAAGGUAAAAACACGACCGAGCCAAUCGCUCUCGAAGCGUCAGCCCCGUCGUCGUCGUCGUCGUCUGGCGCUGGCGUUGGCGGCGGUCGUGGAGCCGGAGGCAAACGCGGAGGGGCAAAGUCGGGCCCUCCCAAACCCAUCGGUCGGAUCAAAGAUGUCUCUCUUACCGUCGAGAAGGGCCAUCUCAUUGGCGUCUGCGGCGCCGUAGGAUCCGGCAAGUCCUCGUUGCUGUCGGCUGUGCUUGGCCAAAUGCUUCUGGACAAUGGUGAUGUUUCAGUGAGUGGCAGCAUUGCGUACGCGUCUCAGCAGGCGUGGAUUUUCAAUUCCUCGCUCCGCGCCAACAUUCUGUUUGGACAGCCCUUCAACCAGGAGGCCUAUGAUCAUGCAAUCGAUGUCUGCUGCCUGCGGGCGGACAUUGCCAUGCUCCCUGAUGGCGACAUGACCGAGAUUGGCGAGCGUGGCAUCAAUUUGAGCGGCGGCCAAAAGCAGCGUGUCAGUCUUGCUCGCGCCGUCUACAGCAACAAGGACAUUUACCUGCUGGAUGAUCCCCUGAGUGCUGUGGAUGCGCAUGUUGGAAAACACAUUUUCAACGAGUGCAUUGUGCGGAGCCUCCAUCAAAAGACAGUGGUGCUCGUGACGCACCAGCUGCAGUAUCUUCCCAACUGCGAUCUGGUCGUUGUUAUGGAUGACGGGCGCAUUGGCGAGCAAGGCACCUUUGAGCAGCUCAUGUCGAUUGAAACCAGCGCGCUGCGCUCGUUGAUUCGCACCUUCCACAGCUCCACAGCAGACGAACCGAGCGGCAUCGCAUCCAUUUCUCCGAUUGCACCGGUUGCUGUGCCUGCUGCCACCUCCGGUGUCGCUGAUGCUCCACCACUCCUUCGACGCGAAAGCCGCCGUGGCACUCUCCUCGCUCUCCUCGAUGCACACAACGCGCAGACCAAGCCGGAGACGUCAGCUCCCGUCAAAAAUGCUCCUGAAAAAAGUGAAAAGUCUGCAGCCCUCAUGUCCAAGGAAGAAAAGAUGGAAGGCGCAAUCUCCAAGGCGACAUACUUGGAGUACAUGCGGGCGGGCGGUGGCGUGCGCAUCUUCCUUGCGUUGGCGUUGGUGUUUGUCUUCUCCAUGUCCAUCAAGGCAUUCUCCGACUGGUGGUUGAGCUACUGGCUGCGCCAGCCCCCGUCGACGAUCAUGGUGAACACCACCAUCAUCGACUCGAACGGCACGGUGAGCUGGGGGUGGGUGGAAGAGCCAGUGACAAGCUUCAAUCUGAAGGACUACCCAGACUUUGGCAUGUACGUUGGAGUCUACUGCGCGUCGGCCGUCCUGCUCAUGCUCGUCCAGAUGGUCCGCGCCUUGUUCUUCCUCCGAACAACGCUGACGGCCUCGCAAACCAUGCAUCGCGCCGUUUUCGACAAGGUGAUGCACGCGCCCAUGUCGUUCUUUGACACCACGCCCACUGGUCGACUCCUGAGCCGCUUUUCCAAGGACAUGGAUGAAGUUGACGUCAAGCUGCCAUUCUAUGCCGAGCAGCUUUUGCAAAAUGGCUCUCUCAUCCUGCUGACGUUUGGCAUCCUGGCAGUGAUUUUCCCCUACUUUCUGCUCGUCUUCAUCCCGCUGGGCGGUUUGUUUGCCGUGUUUAACACAUUCUUCAACCGCUCUGCGCGCGAGCUCAAGCGUCUUGACAACAUUUCGCGCUCUCCCAUCUUCAGUCAUCUCACGGCAAGUGUGCAAGGAACGGCCACCAUUCGCGCGUACGGCAUGAUGGACUUGUUCAUUAACGAGUACAUGAAGCAGGUGGACGCCAACUCGCGUGCCUUCUUCGCCUUUUAUAUUGCCAACCGUUGGCUGUCCAUCCGGCUCGACGCUCUGACGACCCUGGUCUCUACCGCCACCGCCUUCUUUAUCGUUCUUACAACCGGCUCGCUCUCCCCUGCUCUGGCCGGCCUGGCGCUGUCGUACUCGCUGCAGACAUCGGGCAUGUUCCAGUUCACUGUCCGUCUGAUUGCCGAAACGCAGUCUCGGUUUGUGUCGGUCGAGCGAAUCCAGUACUACACACGCACGACUCCUCAAGAAGGCAUUCCUCCUCCGCUCGAGGACGACGCAGACGCGUCUGGAAAUUCCUCGGGACGUCUGUCUGGCAUUGAGGAAGACGGUGACGACGACGACGCCGUCAAGGAGAAGCAAACGACUGACGACGAUCAUAUCGCUCUUGUGCUCUCUGGUGCUGCUGGUUUGCCCACUGGGCGCGCUCACGUCCCGUCCUCCCGUCUGCAGCGGCUGCUCGCUCGAGUUCACAAGCCCUCCGGUCAUGGCCACGCUGUCCGCGAGCCCCUGCCGUUGGUCAAUGUGCACUACGCACCCGUCAACGUCCCCGAAGAUUGGCCUGCUGCGGGUGUGGUCGAGUUCCGGAAUCUCAAAAUGCGCUAUCGCGACGGCCUUCCGCUCGUUCUCAAGGGUCUCUCCUUCAAGACACGCCCUCAAGAGAAGAUUGGUGUAGUUGGGCCGUACUGGUGCUGGCAAGUCCUCGAUCGCCGUGGCUCUCUUCCGACUGGUCGAGGCGAGCGCAGGCUCGGUGGUGAUUGACGGAAUUGACAUUUCUCGUGUGCCUCUCCCUGUGCUCCGUGCUCGCCUUUCCAUCAUUCCGCAGGAUCCUGUGCUGUUUGUGGGAACCAUCCGGUACAACUUGGAUCCGUUCAGCAAGUAUUCUGAUGCCCAGAUCUGGGAUGCGCUGAAGCGAUCGCACAUGGCAGACCGUGUGACGGUGAUGCCGCUGCAGCUGGAAACCCCCGUUGUGGAGAAUGGAGAGAACAUGUCUGUCGGUGAACGUCAACUGCUGUGCAUUGCCCGCGCCUUGCUGCGCCACAGUCGCAUCCUCAUUCUCGACGAGUCCACCUCUGCUGUGGACACCGAGACGGACGCGCUCAUCCAGCAAACCAUUCGCGAGUGUUUCCAGGGCUGCACUCUGCUGACCAUUGCUCACCGUCUCAACACGAUUCUCGACAGCGAUCGCAUCCUGGUACUGUCUGAAGGCCGGGUGGUCGAGCUCGAUUCGCCCCAAGCCCUGAUCGACCGUCCUGACUCGCGCUUUGCACAAAUGCUCCAUGCCGCGAACACUGCCCACUGAGGUGGUUGUUGUGUCUUUUUUUGUGUAUUGCCUUUUCUGUCUGUGAUUGUAUGAAUAUAGAUCUACAGAAUCUUUU